AGCUAAGGUUACCAGCUGCUGGCUUCAUAUUUAGCAUACAGACAUGAGAGUCGUAUCAGUCUUCUCACCUAAUUAUUUUAAAAGAUAGUAAGUGUUCUUCCUUAAAUGUUGAAUUAUUCUUUAAAAAAAAAAAAAGAUUUUGAGCCCUCAUUAAAUAGACAAAAUCAAACUUUAUCAAAUCAGCCAAGAUACUGUGUGAUGAUCCAUCAGUACUGAUAAAGUCUAAUCUCUGUCUCACAGAGGAAAGAAAAUGACAUCCAGCCGCAGGCAUCACCCUGAAGGUGAGAAUGAAACCUUCUUUUGCUUUACAUUGUUGUCUUGCUGUUGCUGUUAACCUUUUUUAUUUUCAUUUUACAUGUUCAUCUUCUCCCUGCAGAGUUUGAUGCUGCAGAUUGCUGCCAGCUGGAUCGAGCAAGAGAAGAAGGACAUUGUGGCGGCGAAAGAGGCCUACCUGUCCGAGAACUGCCCCACUCCCGACCUCGGCGGAGACCAGGCCGCCCUCAUGGAGCUCUGCAAGAAGAUCCACGCCGCCAUCGACAAGGUUGACGAGGCGAGGUACGACGCCGAGGCCAAGGUGCAGAAGAGCGACAAAGAGAUUGAGGAUCUGAAGCUGAAGGUGGUCGAGCUGGCUGGAGUGAAGAAACCCGCUCUGAAGAAAGUGCGUAUGUCCGCUGACGCCAUGCUCCAGGCUCUGCUGGGAGGAAAACACAAGGUGACCAUGGACCUGAGAGCCAACCUGAAGCAGGUCAAGAAGGAGGUCAAAGAGGAGUCAAAUGAGGCCGGCGACUGGCGUAAAAACAUUGAGGAUAAGGCCGACAGGAAGAAGAUGUUCGAGACUUCUUAAAACCUUCCUGAACUGGCGAGGACGACAGGAGGGGGGACGUUUCCGUCCGAGUGACUGAAUGUGUCUCUGUGAUCCAGCAGGACACACAGGGACGAGAGUUUAGACACUUUAUUGUUGUUUUUUUUGGUUGUUUUUAUGAAGCCGUCGCCAAGAGAGAGAGACUGAACUGAAACACAGUAACAUCAUCAUGUACGCUGAUAGAACAUCACAUCAUUUCAAAAUGUACAGGUUUUCAUUAGAAAUAAAUGUUUUGAAAUAAGGAUUAAUUUGUUUGUUACAUUUAUCCCCAUAUUAAAUCGUCAUACAUUUUAUUUUUACCAAAUCACACAGCAUCAAACUGGCAAUUAAAGGGACGCUUCAGCACCUUGUGUGCACCAGUGCAUGCUAUAUAGAGAGAGAAAGCAGAGUUCUCCUGCUUGUGAAGCUAUGCCGACAUGUACCAGGAUGCAUUGCAUGAGAGCUUCUGACACCCAAGUCCACCGAGCAGGACUCUAAAGCGCCGAGGGAGCUAGCUGCUGGGUCGCCAAGCAGAUAAAUUCCUACAUUUGUUGUGCACAGAGCUAUACCGUUACCAUUACUAUCAAGUAAAUACACACACACACACAGGGAGAACAGGCUUCCGUAUAGCAACAAAGCUAAUGCUAGCUGAGCUAGCGCCUCAGUAUAAAGUUACACAAUAAGCAACAUGACAAAACAAUUACUGGCAUCUUAUACAUAUUCCAAAAGUAGUCCCUCAAUGUUAUAACAGUUGUCCAACUUCGCUCAGCCUGCUUGCCUAUAUUGUCGACUAGUACUUUACCAAAUCACAGCUUUAGGUAACAAAAAUACCCACUCAAAGUUCAUCUGCCCUCUUGACGCUGCUGGUCUUGGUUGUCUUUUUCCAGUUUAUCUUCGGGAUCCUGGUCUCCAGCACACCUCUGUCCAGUAAAACCUUCAUGCAUUGUAACACACACUCUGGUCUCCCCGGCUCUCUCCGAGUUGGCGUCGACGACAGCAUCCAACAAACACUGCCCAUGCUGAAAUUCAUUGCUGCAGAAUGAUUCAGUCACUGUCGGCACUGGAGGGCAAUUUGAGCAAAGGCACCGCCAGCCGCUGUUUGCUGUCAGCGGCUCAGGUUCUGCUGGUCCUCGCUGGCUGUAUCCUCUUUUACUGCUGCGACUCCUUUGGCAGCCUCGGCCUCUCUCCACUACAUUUUCGCUCUGCGCUCAUGUUAAGGGACGCCUUUUUCACUGUUGGAAACAUAACCAGUUUGCAAUACAAGCAAAGAUUAAGUUUUAUUCUAAAUUAAUUUUUCACCAUCAAAAAGGAGGUCAACAUUUUGGGCAAGUUUUUUUUUUUUUUCUUUCUUUCUGAGAUUGAGAUCAGUUUCAUGUCUGCUUAGCUUAGCAUAAAGACUGGGAACAGGGGAAACAGCUAUACUGUCUUAUUUUAAAGAGUACACAAACCAGUGUUAGGGGAGAAUAGUUCAAACACAAGAAUUAGUUUGUGUAUUUUUUAUGUUUAGGCUAGCUGUUGCCCCCUGUUUCCAGUCUUUAUGCUAAGCUAGGCUAACCACGGCCUGACAUGAGGUUGAUCUCCAUCGUUUCAUCUCAGUCUCUAUUUGCCACCUUUUAAAGACAAAAUAAGAAACACUUCUGGCCUUAAAUCAUAAAACCUGAUUCCAGAAGAAACUUGAAAUAGUUGAUUUGUGUUUGUACCUCUAAUGACUUGACAUGAUAAAAGGAGGCCCGCGUUAACCUGUUUAAUUAAAAUGGCACGCAGGUAAAACUCUCAUUCAGAAACACAGAACGUCCAGAAGUUUUCAAACAUAUGAAAUGUUUUGACGGUGGUCAAAAAUGUUAUCUUUGGAUUGAAAUUAAUCAUACUACAACAUUACAGCUACUUCAGAGAUAUUUUAAGGGGGGAAAUCAGAAAGCGGACUAAGGACUCCUGGUUCAAGUUUAGAGAAGCCUGAAGGUUGAAGAGUUUCAGGACCAAUUAUUUUAUAUUUAAACCCUCCCUCCCUCCCACACGCACACAAAGUGAAUCUACAUCUUCAGAUUAGACCCUCACAGGGAGGGCGGUUUGCAGAGCGGGGCUGGGCCGGGUGUAUUUCAGGAGCUCGUUGGCCCAUUGGUCUGCCCGGGAAUCCAUUUCCAUAAAGAGGAUCUGGACAUUUUGCUGAGGCAUCGCAACCCACCAUAUAUACCGUAUUUCAUUUUUCACUGUCUGUGGCUUAGGCAGUGUCUCCUUUUCUUCCACCAAGUGUGUCUUGUCCACUUCUUCUUCUUCCUCCUCUCAAUAGGGUGUGAACCGCAAAAACCGCCAAGAUGUCUGAG